AUUCGUCGUUGACCAUUGUCACUCAAUUCGCUGUCAGUUACGAAAGUGUCAAGUGUUGUGCUAUGGUGUUGAAGUGAGCAGCUUGUCCUAGAGGUCCAUGCUGUUAUUGUAGGUUACAUUGAUGUCAGUUCAACAACAGCAGAUGUAGCCGACGUUGUAGAGGCAUUAGAGUAACCCGCGCCGUUAUUCUGCGAGGACGAGAAAGACGAAACCAUCAGUAGUUUAUCUUGUUACAGUUCGCGUUAGCUAAGACCUCGCAGUUAGCUAACGUGACAUUUCACCGAGAUUUGCUGGAAAACUUCUCCACUGGUAAGUGACCAGUGGAAAAACAAACUCCAUCAUCACAAUGACAGCUCAGGAAGGAGAGGGAUGGGGAGGCAUUAACCUGUCACCUCACCUGCACACGGAUGAGUGCAAUGAACUCAUAACUCGUCUGAGGCAGUGCCACACGGAGCACAAUGUCCUGAAGUUCUUUGGCACGUGUAAUGAUGUGGAUCGCGCUAUGCGUCAGUGUCUGAAGAAAGAGCGACUGGAAAAUCGGGAGCGCAGUAAGCAGCAUGCACAAGAGAUGAAAAGGCGGCUGAAAGAAGGGCCCAAGGAGCAUCUGUGAAGGACAUUUUACUGCAACUUUGCCCCUGACACUUAAAACUAUUUAGAUAUUGGGACAUUGAAUGAAGCAGGACACCGUGGCCUCCCAUGCUAAGACACUAUAUGUGUUUGAUAUUUGCGGAGAAAAACACGUGUAAUAAGUUAUAUAAAUUUUGGGAUUGUAUACUUUAACCCUCCUAACACACUUUUGACUUUUUAUUAUCUGCACAGAAUAAAACUUGCAGUGGUACCGGAACAUUUUAGGUCAACAUAAAAACAAUAGCAUCUAGUACUUUGGAUUAAAGAUUGCUGUUGGGGAUUAUCAUGUAUUUCCCCUCUGUUAGCAGCACACUGCAGCUCUAUCAAAGAGAUUAGUGUAACUGGUGGCAGAACCUUUUAUUUAAAACCAUUAUUUUGCAGGAAUAUUCUGAUUUAUUCAUGAAAACGGGGAGCGUCCACUUCAGGGUGUCAAAGAUGCAAGUAAAACGGGAUGACCAGUGGCUGGGUUACUCUCGGUGCGAACAUACAUAUUGAACAUAGGCAUUGUUUGAAUGAAUGGGGAAUCAUAUUGAUUCAUUAAAUUUAUUUCAAAUAAAGUGAAAUUAUCUGUUUA